AUGUCAACUUUAUCAGAGAAUAAUAUCCCACUGUCAUUGAAUAUUCGAAAUAAUUCAAUAACGUUGGAAACGAAUAAAAGCAAUAUUGAACAAGAAAAAGGUGUGAAACAAAAUGAUAUGAAUAAUAAUAGUAAUGGCUCGGUUCCUACAAUUGUGUCAGCGAGACGCGCCAUUGAACGUGAUUAUCUGGUUGAUAAUGAUGAUGAUGACGAAGAGCCAAUGUUAAAUACUCGUAUCAUUAAAUGUAAAUCAUCAUUAAAAUCUCAAUUACCAUCACAUCUUGUACAUAAUCCGCAAAUUCGACAAAUUCAAAUGCCAUCAUAUAAUAUUCUCUCACAGCAAACAGCAUUACCGACGGUGACGCCCGGUUAUCGAUCAAUUGAGGUGCCCAAUGAACAUACAUCAAUUAAGCUUCAUAUUCGACGCGUAUGUAGUCCAACGGAAACAGUAACAACACCGACAACAAAUUUAUUACAUCAUAACAGUAGUAAGUCGCCGUCAACAAUAUCUUCCCAUGACAUUAAAAAUGAAUCUGUUGAAUAUAAAACGCAAUUUUUACAACAACAAACACAAAAACGAACAUUUUUUAACACAAAUCAAAAUGAACCACAGCCACCUAUCACACAGGUAACCAGUCAACAAAAUGAUUCAUCGUCAUUAUCACUCUUUAACCGUGUAAAACAAAUAACACCUGCAGUGACAGAUAAUAAAGAUUUGGAUCAAAAUAGUACUUCUUCGUCAAAUGAUCAACCACAGCAAAUCACACCUACAAUUCGUAAACCAAGGUUAAGACGUUUAACUCAACCUCGAAUAUCGACAUCAACCGAUGAAACAUUGAAACAACACGACCAAUCAUUUCCUUCUAUUUCUGAAAAACAAAAUCCUAUCUCAGUCUAUGAUCUGAAUACUUCCUCAAAUGUGGAAAAUAAUCGUUUACUCUCAAUACAUCUAAAUAAUAGUACAAAUUCUUCAACAACUGAAGAGAUUGAUUAUGAUGAAAAUAAUAAAAUAAAACGUCUGCCACAACCAACAUCAAAACAACAACAACAGAAAAGUAUCGAAACAAAGAAAAGAAAAAUACAAGAAGAAGAAGAAAAAAGGCCAAGAUCGAGUUUAACAAAAACAAAACAAAAUAAAUCAUCGUCACUAAUUUUGAACAAGACUCGGUCGAUGGAAACACGGUCAUCGUCCCGUUUAAAAGAGAAAACCACACGUGGCAACAAAUCACAUUUAAUUCAUCCAAUUCAAACUCUGCACGAUCAAUCAUUCGCUUCUAGCUAUUCAUCGUUAACUGAAAUCUCCUCCUCAUCAUCGUCUACCACUACUACUACUACACUUCUUCCCAUACCUCCAUCUACUUCGACAAUCGAGUAUAUAACAACAACAAAUUCCACAGCACCUCGUCCCUAUCGAUCUCAGUCUAUCUCUUCUUAUUCAUCGAUGGAAGACGAAACAACGAUUAAUAAUCAUUCGUGUGCAACAUCGAAACGUCAUUUGAGUACGGAACUUAUUACCACACCUCAAACAUCAGAAUGUUCAAUACAAACAGAUUUAUUGACGAAUUUUUCAGGUUUUAUACCAAGUGAAUUUAUUCUUAUCGCCAAAGAUUCAUUACUUUCAACAUCUGAAAUUGGUUGUCAAACAGGCGAUGAUUUCUUAGAAAUUUCACAUCAAUCAAUUCAAACUAUUGAUCUAGUUAAAGUUGAUAAAUCAACGUUUAUGGAUACUGUCGAUCAACCUCUAUGUGAUCAAGCUUGUCAGACAAUUUCAUUUGAGUCAAGUGAAACCCAAACAAUGGAUUUAAAUUGUCCACAAGAUUCACAAGUUCACCUUGGUGAACUAAAAACAACACAUACACAAUGUGAUGGGUUACAAAACAUUUUACAAGAAACAACGCUAACAUCUUUGAAAGGUUCGCUAUUAACGCAUCAAUUACGAAAACAAUCAAUAUCAUCUUCUUCGUCACCAUCCCAAUCUCCAUCACCAUCAUUGUUAAAUUUAGUACAACGACCAUCUUCUACUACAAAUUGUUCGCCACCUAUCUGUAAUAAUACGCUCACAACAUCACGAGUAUCAACGCCAGAUAUUUCUCACAUGGACAGAUUUACAAAAAAUUGUAUUGAUACUGUUCAUCCCUAUUCAAGUGAUCCAUAUUUAGAUUUACAAUUGCAUAAUGAUCACAAUGAUCUCUAUAAUCAGUUUCAGAGUUUAGUUCACAUAGAAGAACAUCCCAAUGGUGGCGCUUCUCUAAUUCGUACUUAUUACAAUGAAUUUUCUCGUUUAUCGGAAGAAAAUAUGUCGUUGUUUGUUAACUAUUUUUUUGAUUUGGUUUAUGGUGAAAACACGUCAACACAUCGUGCCAAUUUUUCAAUUGGCGUUUUACAUGAUGGCGCUAAAUAUUUACCAGAUCUUGUCGAUUAUUUUAGUUUACAGUAUCCAAAAAUGAUUGUAAAAACAUCGAAUAUGACUAAUUCAAAAGAAAUAUGUACAAUGACAAUGGGAGAAUAUCGAAAUAAAAUUAUUCAGUCAUACUGUAAUGGAACAUUUCGAUUUGGACCAUUAUUGCAUAUUUCACUUGUGGGAACAGUUAGCGGAAAAGAAGAAUGUGGCGAUUAUUUUCCUACAUUUCUUGAUAAAUUAGAAGAAAAUCAAUUUUUAAAAUGUGUAAUGCCAUGGGGUUUAAAUUCAAGUUUAAAAAUGGCAAAUAGAACAGAGAGUAAUGAUGGACCGAUUUUGUGGGUGAGACCUGGCGAACAAUAUGUACCAACAGCCGAACAAAAAAGUUGUCAUCCAAAAAAACGGAUGGCCAACGAACUGCGAAAUUUAACAUUUAACGCUCGUGGUUCAGAGCCAAGAGAAAUACUUGUUGAAGAUCGUACAAAACCUCAUUCAGAUUAUUGUGGAGGUGGUGGUGUAGAAACAACAGCAGCUGUUGGUUUAAUCAAAGCGGUUCAUGCUGGAACACCAUCAACAGUAAAUCGUAUUGUCAAAGAUGUUAUUUGUUUUCAUGCUGAAGAUUUUGAAAAGGUUGUAGAAAGAUUAAAAAUUGACAUCUACGAACCACCAGCGACACAAUGUUUAUCUUGGUGUGACGAGGGUAAACUGAAUCAAUUACGUCGCGAUGGUAUUCGUUAUGUACGCCUUUAUUUAAAUGAUAAUGAUAUUUAUUUUAUUCCACGUAAUGUUGUCCAUCAAUUUCGAACUCUUUCUGCUUCAACAUCAAUCGCUUGGCAUGUUCGAUUGAAAAAUUAUUAUCCAGAAGAAACAAACAUCGACGAAUAUGCACCCGUGUACAAAAAACUACGUCAGUCAGAUUCUGUUGAACAGAUUUUAAUAUGUCUGUUUAAUUUAUUAAAUGUGAAUGAUUAUCGUUCAUUAUUUUAUGAUACUAAUAAUGAAAAUGGUAGUGGUACAAAUAAAACUGUUCAAUGGAUAAUUGAAUUUGCUCGAUUAUGUAGUCGACGUUAUUUUGAGUUUGAUGAUUUAUUAUGUCAAGAAAAUCAAAAAUCCAUACAUACUAUCGCAUUAUCACAACAACAACAUCAUUCAUUUAUUAUUGAAAAUAAAUUAAAUCAACUAAUUGAAGAUUUAAAAAAACGUUUUGAAUUGCGUUAUUUUUUAAAAAUUAUACAAGAAUUAGAAUUUAUAGUUCAGAAAAAAAUUGAAAAAAUUUUAGACAUAUUAAAUGAAUAUGACAAAAUAGAUAAUAUAAAUUAUUUGACGGCAAAUGAAGAUGUUGUUCAUGUAGUAUCAACAACUCCAGAAUCAAAUCGUACAGCAUAUGCAUCCUAUAAACAUCCAUUUAUGCUCUAUGUUGAUAGUGAACUUCAUAUUAGAAAAAGUAUCAAACAAGAUUUGCUUCAACAAAUUCCAGAAUUUGGCCUAGUUAAUAAAUUUGUUGGUGAUUUACCUAAUGCUCAAACGAUUAGUGUCAAAGAUCCUAAAACAAAUUUAGUGUAUGAUAUUCUUACAAAAUAUUUAUAUUUUGCUAAACCAUGUAAUGCAAAUGCCAUUUUACCACCAAAAUCCCGGGUAUGUGUCUUAGAUAAAACAUCAUCAGUGGCUAUUCGUCGAUAUGGUUUUAUUGCUGAAUCACCAUCAACAUCGAACGGUUUUCGUUGUCUUGUAUUCUAUGAUGAUUUAAAUAUUUCAUCAAAAUAUCAUUUAUCACAAGAAAUUUAUUUAUGUUUAAAUCAAAAUUUAGCACAACAUCUACAAGACUGUAAACAAUACUUACCUAAAAUUGCUUAUGAUUUUUUGGAACGUUAUUUUCAAUCAUAUCCCGAACGUACUAUGUUACGUACAAAAAUUGGUCAAAUAAUAAAAGUGAAAAAUAUUCUUAUAUCUACGUCGUCGACACUAGCUGAAAAACAAUCAUAUCAAACAGCUAAAAUUGAUCACAUCGAUAGUUCAAUGAUGACUGUUCAAUUUCAAUCAUCAGGUCAAAAACUAUCGUUAUAUCGUGGUUCUAUUUUAUUUGAACAAUUAAAUCAUUAUUAUUCAAAACAAUAUCAACAAGCAUCAUCGAGACAUUCAGCCCGGCAACAUCUAUCCACACGACGAUCAAAUGCUCCAGAAAUUAUUUGUCUUAAUGAUUCGCUUCGUAAUAAUACAGCACAUUUACGAGAAAUAAGAUUUCAAAGACAGUAUAACUCAUUAUUAUCAACAUCCUCAAAUUCUGAUCAACCAUCAGCACCACAACAAUCACGAAUAAAACAUCAAAAUGAUCUAAAAACUAAAAUAAUAUGUUCCAGUGAUGAAACACACGCAAUUCCAGAAAAACGUCCUCGUUUAUCAUUCCAUCAUGUCGACAACAAUGAUUCGACAAAAGCAUUUACUUAUCUACGUCCACGCCAAAACCAAGCUAGUAAUCAUGCGACAAAUUCUAGUGACGUUGCCGAUGGUUUUCGGUUGUUAAAAGUACAAGAUUUACUUACUUCGUCUUCUACUCUUCAAACAGAAGCUUCGUCGCCUUAUCAACGCUACGAAUCAGAACCAGGUUUAGAAACAGCCACUGCUAUAACAACAACAACGACAACUCAUCAACAAAUCAUACAAACAACCGGACAUUCGCAUCACCAUGCACCACAAUUCAAAAACAUUUGUGUAAAUCCGGUUUUUACUGAAUUAGCAAAACAAUUUCAACAUAACAAUUCUGUCAUUUAUACAAAACAUGUAUGUUCAUUAUCAUGUGUCGAAUUAGCUGAACGAGAAUAUGAUUCAUAUUCAAAAAUUAACCCAUUUUUAAAACCGUUUGCGUGUCGUUGGACAGUGAUUGAACCAUUUCGUUUAAAGAAAUCCGGUGAUAUUACAGUGAGACCCUCGUCAACACCCUACCUCUAUUGUACACCAUGUGGUAAAGUUUUGCGUGAUUUAUCUCAAGUUGAUAACUAUUUACAUGUAACAGAAUCCAAAUUGACAACUGAUUUGUUUAUUUAUGAUCGAUCAACAAAUAUUCAAUCAUAUUAUGCUCAUAAUGGUUUCGAAAUCACUAAUGAUCUAUCGAAAGGCAAAGAAAACUCGCCAAUAACUGUUGUGAAUGAAGUUGAUCAAGUAAAAAUAGCUCCGAAAGAAUUUAUUUACUCGGUGGAAAGAAUACCAACUAUUGGUGUCAAUUUACAAAUUAAUAAUGAAUCAAUGACAUGUUGUGAUUGUACAGAUGGUUGUCGAAAUCGUACAAAAUGUGCAUGUUGGUUACGAACAUUGAAAUAUGCUGAAUUAGCUGGUGAAGAACGAGUGAAAGCGAUGAAACAAAAAAAUAAGGCACAAGCAGAAAUUCUUAAUUCUAUCGGUUAUAAAUAUCGCCGUCUUGUUAAAAAUUUAUCAUCUGGAAUUUAUGAAUGUAAUGAUCGAUGUCAAUGUCGCAAAAAAUCGUGUACAAAUCGUGUUGUUCAGAAUGGAAUCGUUGUACAGUUGCAAUUAUUCAAAACGUUCGAUCGUGGUUGGGGUGUCCGUUGUUUACACGAUAUUCCUCGUGGCACAUUUAUUAGUGUCUAUUCUGGUGAAAUUUUUACAAGUGAACAAGCGGAUAGUCGUGGAAAAACAUUGGGUGAUGAGUAUCAAGCUGAUUUAGAUUUUUUUGAACAUUUUAAUAAUUCCGAUAAUGAUGAUGAUAGUCGAAGCAUACAGGAUGGCGAGGAUGAAUUGGACGAAGAAAGAAAUGAUAGUAGCGAAGUUACAUCUGAAACUCUAACACUAACAGUAACGAAUGGAAAUGUCGAUUUAGAACAUAACUGGUUAAAUGAUGAUACAUCAACAUCAAGCGCCGAAUCAGUUAGUUCUCGUUUACGAAAUGCCCAUUUGAAUUUACGUGCACGUGAUUUAUUACGAAAAGGAACAAUUGGAACAUUGUCAACAACAAAUGUAGUAUCAAAGAACAAAAAAAGAUCGACAACAACAAAAUCACCAACAGCCGGUUUAACAUCCUUAAAUCGUAGUAAAUUACCCGAUUAUGAUGGUAUUGUUUAUACGUUGGAUGCAAAACUAAUUGGCAAUAUUGGACGUUAUUUUAAUCAUUCAUGUUCGCCCAAUCUUGAAGUUCAAAAUGUUUUUGUUGAUACACACGAUAUUCAUUUUCCAUGGAUCGGUUUCUUUGCAACAAAAUUUAUUAAAUCAGGUACAGAAUUAUGUUGGGAUUAUCGAUAUGAAGUUGGUACUGUACCUAAUAGAAGAAUUGAUUGUACAUGUGGAUCAACAGAAUGUCGUGGUCGAUUAUUAUAA